AUGCAGUCACUCCGCCGGACAGCAGUGGCUGCUGCCCGCACGAGCCGAACUCCGCUGUCGCGCCAAUCGCGCCGCUACGCCCACGACGAAGCCCAUGGCCACGCAAGCCCGGCCGUCGAUGAACCCAUGGGCUGGGGUUUCUAUGGCACAAUCGCCGUCAUCCCCGCAGGUCUGGCCCUAUACAGCCUCUCGCGCACCGACGGCGACGACAGCAAGCCGUACUUUACCCGUUUGAUUGCCGAUGCUACGACCGGACUGCACGACAAGUGGACUACGCAGAACGAUUUGCACGUGAGGAUGAUUGAGCAGGCGGGCGAGGACCGAGUGCUGUUUCUGAACACGAAGCCCCAGGAGCACGUUGAGAUGAAGUUUCCAGAGAUCAUGAACGUUGGAUCUCCGUACAACGUGCCUGCUGGAAGCCAGGUUCAAAUGGACAAGGUGAUUGAAAAGUAUAAGAAACUGGCCUACGAAGACAAUGAGCGGAAGCUGGAGAAGCUGAGGAACAACGAUAUCUCGUCUGAGAAGCCAUUUGAAGGCAAGACGCGCGUGAGGAAGGCUCCCGAUAUGGAUUCUGUUCCCUAUCUGCCCGAACUCAAUUUCAGCCGCCUUCUCCAGAGAAAUGACAUAAACGCUUCACCUUGGCCUGACGACGCUCUUCGCACUGCGAACGCAACCCCCAUACGCUCCAAGUCCCCGGCUGUCAUGCCAUCGUAUACGUCACAUCGCAACGUCUCAGGUCCCUUCGCCGUAGACAAAGCCCCAAUGGCUACCGACGACAACAACUCCUGGGCCCGCCCAAAUCACCACAGCACGCCAAACUCAAAGACUUCGCAGUACAUUGACAAGAUUACCCAAGAAAACGACCGCCUGCGCCGAGAACUGCUUGCCGAGAAGCUGGCCAGAGAAGAUGAGGCCAAGCGCGUAUCUGCCGCCCAAACCAGAGCCGAAGACUCGCGUGCCGAGUACCAGCACCUCCAAGUGCUCGCUGACACAAAUGCGCGCGCCAUAGAGCGGAAGGACCGGAAGCUGGAAGAGCUCAGGGCCACGCUCGACACCGAGAUCCGCCGGCGCAAGAUGGCAGAGCAGAGAGCCGAGGAAGCCCUCAAGAUGCUGGGUGACACUAGGUCAGAGACGCAGCGACAGCUGGCACAGGCGUACGAAAUGAAGGGUCUGGCAGACACCAACCUCGAGACGGCACGAGACGGCUUCAAGCGCAUCACCGACGGCUACGAGAACAAGGUCCGCCUCAUCAACCAGGAGUUGAACGAGCUGCGACGCAAGCGAUUAGAAGACGCCGAUAAGAUCAAGCGUCAGGCUAUAAUAAGCGAUCAGCUCCAACACGAGUCAUCCCGCUCCAACCGAACCGAGAACAAGCUCACCAACCUCAUGGAAGCGUACAAGAAGGAGCACCGCAAGGAAAUGGAUGCCCUGAUUGCCGAAGCAGAGCGGCUGCGACGCGCAUUGCCAGAAAAGGAGCGCGAGGCUCAGAAGCUGGUAGACGCCAUGGUCGAGACGCGCGACAAGAUGCGGUGGGUCAUGACACAGCAUGAGCGCCAGACAGCCAGUCAGUCUUAG